AUGUCUCCAGUCGCUACCAGGAAGAGCUCUCAGUCUGCCUCAAAAAUCGAGGGUACUCACCUCACCUGGGAGCUGAUAGAAGAGGAUUUUCGGAAGCAGAAUCCUGAAAAUUCUGGCAUAAAAACAGGAAGAAGACGUGUCGCCAAGCCGCUGGGAACUUUGAAUGGCUUCAUCUCGACGUGCUUUUACCUGGAAUUCGACUGGGAGGGGCAAAAAUCGUCAGAAAAUUCAUCGUUGCCAAAAAAUGCGAUACUAAAGCUCGUCGAAUGCUCCCGGAUGCAACUCCAAGCCGACAGCCUAGGUGAUGUUGACGACGUGGAGACAAAUGCCCGAGCGUUCAACGACACUGAGCUGCAGUUCCUGAGUCGAAGCCGAGAUGAAGCCGGACUCGGACAGGCGAUUCCGGUCCCAAAAUUCUACGGGGGACGCGAGUUCAACUUCAACGGGCAGGGCUUUGGCUACGUCCUCAUCGAGUACUUCCCCAAAAUCCAGACCCGCCACAUCUUGCACCUCAUCGGCGAUGCGGGCGUGAGGGACGUCAUCAAAGUCUUGGCGGAUUUGACGGUUUUUUCAGCGAAAAACCGACAUUUUAUCGCUGAAUUCGACGAGCAGCGACUGGCAGAAACCAUGGCGGAUUAUGCCCACCCUACGAAGCUGCACCGUUUUCUCGACCGUUUGCAAGCCAAAUUCCCGGAAAAAUCUGGGGAAAUCACAGUACUCCGGUCGCAGACAAAAUAUUUCGAUGAUAUUAACACCUAUUUUGCUCGACUUCGGGCUACCGCAAAAUUCCCGAUCCUGGUUCAUGGCGAUCUGUGGCCCGGGAAUAUAUUGUGGGCCAAAAAUAAUGGAGAAUAUUCGGUGCAGGCCAUUGUGGAUUGGCAGCUGACCCAUCACGGGAGUCCUUUGGAAGAUCUAGCGCGAUUUUUGCCAACUGCCUUGAGCGGGGAGGACUACAGGAUGAGCCGAGACGUCUACUUGAGGCAGAACUACGACUUGAUUUCCGAAAAACUACAAACUACAGAGAUGCCGUGGGACAGUUUUGAAGCGAUGCAAAAAGGCUAUGAAAUAGCGCUUCCGCUGGUCGUCAUCGUUUACACACCACUUUUUUUGGAAAUGCUUGAUCAUUCGCCGCAUCGAAAACGAAUCAAAAACGCUGAGCUCGACGUCUUCCACGCAAAAAUUCGGGCUACGCUAGACGACGCAGCUCAAUGCAUCAAAAAAUGGGAUUCG